AUGGAGGAAACCAAGUAUCGCUGCCAGGCGGUCCACCCCUUCACCUGUAAGGCCAUGGUCUUUACGGGCCUCAUCAUCGAUGCUCGUCUCGAUGAACGAAUCUUGAGGAAUACCACAGCAGAGCUGGUCAAGGAUCGACCCUGGGCAUUGUCCACGGGCUCAACUGUCGACUUUGAGUGUCGCGAGGGUCAUCAAGAUCUGGCCUAUUGGACGCAACGGGGAAUCCAGCCAACUGUGCCAUGUCGACCAACCAUCAUUAACAAUCUCAGCCCGCAAGAGCUGGACGAGACCUUCAUGUUUAACGUCCCCAGGAAGCCUGUCAAUGUGUUCCUCGUGCGAGUGACAGUACUCCGGGAUGCCACCAUGCUCUGCUUCGGCAUUAGCCAUCACUUGGCUGACGGCACCGCCUCCUACGAUGUAAUCCGGGCAUAUUGUGACCUGCUCGCCGGUCGACCAAUCCCAUCCCUGCUACUGCCACCCGACUCACGGGGGAAGAGACUCUCAGAUCGAGUGACACCUGCCAAAGGUCCCGAACAACCCCUGCGGAGCAUUGGCUACGCGGAACAUCUGGCCAACUUCACGACAGGGUUCUGGCCGAUCCUGCUGCUGCUCGCCAGCGUGGCGUGGAAUCUGCUGGUUCGGAAGCUUGGUCUGCAAGAGGAUCUGGAGGAGAGAUACAUCUACCUGCCGGCUGACUGGGUCAGUGCGGUGCGGAAACGAGCCCUAGACACCCUGUCGAUGCUGCCCGCCGAUCCACAACCCCGAUGGGACAACCAACCGACCAAGAACAACAUCAUCAACGCCUGGUUCCUCAAGACAAUCUACGGCACUGUUUCCCGAAGUAAUGCGCCGGUGGACUUCUAUGGCCCGCUCAGCUACCGGCCGGUCAUCGAGCCGCCGCCGGAGGGACACUAUUGGAUUCACAACAGCAUCGGACUCAUGCGGAGGAAGCUGACGGUGGCCCAAAUCCAGCAGGAGUCGGUGGCGACGUUGGCGGGCCGGCUUCGUCUGGCAAGCUUGCAAUACACCACGCGGGGGUCCAUCCGGGAGUAUUUGCGGGCGUGCGAGGACCACUCGGCGGACCGCAUGCUGCCGAACCUCCAAGGCCAUGGGACGAAGCCGAUGGUGAUGAUGACUCCGUGGACGGGGUUCGACUUUUCCGUCCUGGACUUUUCCGGAGCCUCUUUGGACCGGGGGCGACCGGCCAAGGUGGUCUUUGUCAAUGGCCUCGUCCGGGAGAUGCGAGAGGGGGUGUGGCCAUCGGCGUUUACCCUAAAGAGCGUGCAGGGGGGAGGGUACUGGGUGCGUGGGUGGAAUACGCCUUCGGGGUGGAGAAACCUGGACCGAUUUGGCGAUAUUGAUGGUCUUUGAUGGUGG